GUUUUUUUUUUUUUUUUCAAAUCAUUUCAUCGAAACAGAAAGCAAAUGGCGUCGGUUUCAUUCCUUCACCUUCGUGACCCAGAAGACGACGUCGUUCAUCACCACCACGAGGACCAAACAAUAACCUUGGAUUCCCUCCCUUAUUGGUCUCACGAGUUCCACUUCUUCUCUUCCGACCCCGAUCUACCUCUCCAAGACGACGACGUUUCACACCCCGAUUCCUUCAUUAUCAACAGCCCCGAUCUCUUCGAUCGCCGCGAGAACCAAGUCAACUUCGUUAUCGAUCUCUUCCACCAACGACUCGAACAAUCGCUGGUUAUUUCCAAUAAUACCCCCAAUACCAGUACCAAUUCCGGUAACGGUAAUGAUUUUAAUAUUAGCAAUGAUGAUGAAUUAAAUGUCGCUGAUUUGGUUUCUGAUGCUGUAAUCGAUUUCGGUGUUAUUGAGGGAAAUCAUGAGCUAGAUUUAGGGUUAGCGUUAGGGUUUGAUUCGAUGGAUACUCAUGAGAGUGAUAUUGAGAUUGAUAUUGGUGGUGGCGAUGACGACAACGACGACGACGAAUUCUUCGUGGAAAGGAGGGUUUCUGGGUUGAGUGGUAGUGAGGCAGCUUCUAAUUUUAGUGGUGUUGAAAUCUUUGGGGACAAUAUUCAGACUGUUGGGUUUAGAUUCGAUUCGGAAGAUGAUGAUGAGAAUGAGACUGUUAAUGGGGAGCUAACCAUUGAUUUGAAUUCAGGGGAUGAUUGUGGAAUUGAUGUUCAUGUGGAUGAUGAUUAUGAUAUUGAUGAUGAUGAUGUGAGUGUUACUGUUCCGCUUUGUUGGGAUUCGCUUCAGUUGGAGGAUCUUAGGGAGACAAAUGAGGAUUUUGAGUGGGAGGAAGUGGAUGGUGGGGUUGAUGAGAGGGAGGUUUUAAGUGUGCUUGUUGAUGGUGAUGAUGAUGAUGAUGAGAAUUCAGUUUCGCUUUCCAUUUCCCCUAUCAUUGGACCUGAAGACACGGUUACUUUUGAGAGGGCAGCUGAGGUGGGGACGUUGGGGUGGGAGGUUUUGUUGAAUGCUAAUAAUUUGGAAACGACCCCGGAAAUGGAUGAGAAUGCUGAGCCAUUUUUUGCAGAUCGUGAUGAUUAUAUCUAUACUGCAGAAUAUGAAAUGUUGUUUGGACAGUUUGCUGAGAAUGAGAAUGCAUUUAUUGGGAGGCCUCCAGCAGCGAAAUCUGUAGUUGAGAGUCUUCCUUCUGUGGUUGUGACUCAGGAGGAUUUGGUGAAUGAUAAUGCACUUUGUGCAGUGUGUAAGGAUGAGAUUAACCUUUGUGAAAAGAUGAAGCAGCUGCCAUGUGCUCAUCGCUACCAUGGAGAUUGCAUUAUACCCUGGCUGGGGAUAAGGAAUACUUGCCCUGUUUGUCGUCAUGAGUUGCCUACAGAUGAUGCUGAUUAUGAAAGGAGAAGGUCCCUAAGAGCUGCUGGUGCACUGUAAUGGAGGUGGUGUCAAGAAGUAUUUGGCAAAAGAAAAUAGGGGGUUGAGAUUUUAUAAAUCAUUAAAAUGCUGGAGCAUACCCACAUUUAAUGACCUUAAACCACUAGAUUGUUCCUUGGACAUGAAUAAGAACACUUUUUUGGCCAAUUGAGUUCUGGCCUUAAAUUUGUAAUUUUAGUAGCUAGAUUAUUCCUUUAAGUCUUGUAUGCUAAGACAUUUCUUAGCUUGUGUAAACUGCAGAUCAAGGCACCGAGAGUGCUUUAUGGUAUUUUACUCUUCUAAGGAUUGAAAUCAUGUCGAUGUUGACGUGUAACUUGUUUUCCUUGAG